UGGGGAGCGCGAAUAUGCAUGUUGACUAGUGCCAACAUAUGUGGCAACAAACAUCCUCGAUGCCUUCCUACCUUACCACAGCCAGCGAGAGCGGUCCUGUAAUUUUGGCCAUCUCACACUAUCCUUUCACUCCGUUUCCAACUCCAACACUUGCACACGAGCCACCAGUUUUCCAUAUGUCCGACCUUCUGUCUCCUGCUAGCGCAUGCCUAAUGGUUGUGUCUGUCUUUGCUCCAGCUAGGGCAGGCGCUUACACAGACAAUGACGAUGGUACAUGGAGCCACCGUGUUUGAUAAUACAACCUCUCGAUUUUACGUACAGAUCUCCAACGUUGCUAUCCAACGGGUGUUGGAUGGGCUAAUGAUGGUCUCUGUGUUGGGAACGUUCCUCCUGCCAGAGACGCCACUGGCUCGUGCCUUCACGUCAGCGAAUCACAGCACGUAUGUUAAUUUUGCUUGUAUGUCUUCCACUCUGGGAUUCACCUCUAUAUCCGACAUACUGACUUUGUCACUAAAGGGCUUCAUUUCCCGUCCUACCAAUCCGAACAUGCCAGUUAUGUGUAUUGGUCCAGGAACAGGCAUUGUACGUAUGCGUACCGUCAUGGAAAAACGUAUACACGAGCGAUACAGCAAUACUACCUUACAGUACUUUGGUUGCCAUUCUGCACACAAUCAGCGCUAUCACUCGGAGUGGGAAUCUUAUGCCGAAGAAUAAAAUCUCCGCUAUCACGUUGUGUGUUCUUGUGACGGACCAGAAGGGGUCAAAUGGACGUAUGUGCAAGAUC